AUGGCAGUUUUAUUCGUCUUUCUUUUAUUCUUAUGCCAGCGUUCCCAGGCUUCUUCAGAGAACAUCCAACCCAUCUAUGUGGCCUUAGGGGAGACGAUGGAGCUUCCAUGUCCCUCACCACUUACCCUGUAUGGGGACGAAUAUCUGUCCUGGUUCCGAAGCUCUGCAACAGGUUCCUCUACUUCCCUGGUGACCCAAGUCCAAAUGGCCAGACCAAUCCCAGACCCCUGGAAACUCGGAAGGGAAUCCAGGCCAAGACUACUGGGAAACUACUCUCUAUGGUUGGAAGGGACCAAGGAGGGGGAUGCUGGACGCUACUGGUGUGCUGUGCUGGGCCAGCACCACAGGUACCAGAACUGGAGGGUGUAUGACGUCUUUGUGCUCAGCGGUUCCCAGUUAUCUGCAACGGAUGCACAUGGAUCUCCCUGCUCUGUCCUCCUGUGCUCUGUGAUUCCUCCCAGACACCUGGACUCUGUGACUUGGCUGGAGGGAAAGGGGCAGGUGAAGGGCCGUGUACAGUCCUUCUGGGGAGAAAGGGGAGCCCUGCUCUUAGUGUGUCCUGGGGAGGGGCUUCCUGAGUCCAGAGGCCGCAGACCAAGAAUCAUCCGAUGCUUUGUGUCUCAGAACAAAGGAAUCAGUUUCAGCCUGACAGCCCCUGUGGAUGCCUCUCCUGUCAUCUGUGCCCCUUCCACAGUCUGGGGUAUGCCCUGGAUCCUUACACUGCUGCUCGUGGCAGGCCAGGCUGUCACCAUCCUGACUCUCAGCAUCAUGCUUUGGAGGCGCAGGGUGCAGGGGACUCAGUGCACAGAUACCUCAACUCAUCAGUUCAAACCAGAAAUCCAAGUCUACGAGAACAUCCAUUUGGCUCAUCUACGCCCACCUGCCCCCAAGACCAGGUAG